AUGGGUAAUUACAGUGACUUGGAGGUAUUAAUCACACCUGAAACAAAAGUUACUGAGUCUAUCUUUGAGUUCACCAUAGAAAAAAAGUCAUUCAAAAUAUGCCAAAUUCUUCGUCGCGAAGCUUCUAAUGCGAGGUUUUUAAUCAUUACUGCUAAAGUUAUCUUGAUUGAAGAUAUUCAGACUGUUGGCAAAUAUCCAGAUGAAAAACGUAAGAGAGAUGUGCUAUUGGCUGACGAAAUCGGUUAGAUUGCAUUGGUAUUGUGGCGUCAGAGAGCAGAAACAAUUGAAUUCAAAAGAAGGGGAUCGGAUGUCAUAGACAUUGAAAACGCUGUUACCUCCUCAUUCAACAACACAGUUACCCUGAGCGCAACUGGAGAAACAAUGAUUAGUGUGAGCGAGAAAACUACUGACAUUGAUUUACCUGCUAGUGUAGGUUCACCAAGUAAGAAGAAUUCUACAGUCACUUGUAUAGAAACAACUGUUUCUGCUUUCAAGGACUUCAAAUGCCAGUAUCGAUGUAUAAAUUGCCAUGGUGAUGUGCAUGGCAAACAUUCUACAGUGGCUAGUGAUGGCACAGUUAUUGUAAGCUGUCCUACUUGCCCAACUACGUUUUUGCAAGAAUGUGCAAAAAUAAAGAACGAAUGCCAGAUAAUGUUGUCUUCCAACCAGCAAUGGUUUACUGCAGGCACUGGAGUAAGUCUUAUAAACUAUUCUUUUAACCACGCAAUGUGCAUUAGAGGGAAUUUCAAUUGCUUAAAACAAGACUGCAUUAAUGCACGGUUAAAUUAGCCUGCAUAGCAGGCGCUCAAUUUUAUUGAAGCUUUUGAGGAUUUUAUUAAUAAAUGGCGGAUUAGAAAAAAAUGACGAGAAAAAAUGGGCGAACGAUUUAUUCUUCGUUCAUUUCAAAAAUCCUCAAAACCUUCAACAAAAUAAAAUGACUGCCACACAGGCUAAGUUUAAAUAAAAAAGGAAAACUGAUCUGUAAAUUUUCUUCAAGACUUUAUGAACAUUUUUAAGGAUAUUGCAGUUUUGCAAAGUCUAAACAUUGACAAAAUAGUUAUUGUUUUAUCACCAAUUUUGUGAAUAUAAUUUUCAAAAGAAUUUCUGCAAAAUUAUUUUUUCCAAAAAUAAAAUACACCAAAAAAUAAAUACACCAAAAUAUUCAAAAAUACAUCAAAUUGCAAAAUUGUGAUCUGGUAAUUGCACCCCUGCAAUAUGAGACGGCCUAGUUUUGUGCUAUAUAUUACUUUAAAUCAUCACUUAUGAAAAAUUCCUUGAUGAUUCAAAUUCCUAUAAGAAUUUGUAUAUAGGAAUUCCUGUAGGAAUUUGUAUAGGAAUAGUGCAAAAUUGGUACAGGAAAUCCUGUAGGGAUACCUGAAGGCCUUACAUUCUUCAAGUACAUAUUAAUUACUUUCCAAACUAAUGAACAGUUAAAAUUGUAGUCUAGUGACUAGCAAUUUCGUUCCAAUCAGAGUUAAACACUUGGUACUGUAUUGCUAAAUUGUUUAUGUUUUCAUUGUUUUGUUUACUACAACAAACAUUUUUUGUUUAUGUUUUCCUAUGUUUUGUAGCUGGUUCAACAUAUGUUGGACUGA